AUCACUUCUGGGGCGCCAUGGGGCCGGGGGUGGCGCGUGCCCUGCGCUGGGCCUGGGCCCCCCCCGCCUGCCGCGGCUUCCACCGGACGGUGCCCCCCCGCGCUCCUCCCCCCCUCAUCCCCAUCGUGGUGGAGCAGACGGGUCGGGGUGAACGUGCCUACGAUAUCUACUCCCGUCUGCUGCGCGAGCGCAUCGUCUGCGUCAUGGGGCCGAUCGAUGACAGCCUGGCCAGCCUGGUGAUCGCGCAGCUGCUGUUCCUGCAGUCCGAGAGCAACAAGAAACCCAUCCACAUGUACAUCAACAGCCCUGGGGGGGCGGUGACGGCCGGCUUGGCCAUCUACGACACGAUGCAGUACGUGCUGAACCCCGUGUGCACGUGGUGUGUGGGGCAGGCGGCCAGCAUGGGGUCCCUGCUGCUGGCGGGGGGCGCCCCGGGACAGCGGCACGCGCUGCCCAACGCCCGCAUCAUGGUGCACCAGCCCUCGGGGGGGGCACGGGGCCAGGCGACCGACAUCGCCAUCCAGGCUGAGGAGAUCCUGAAGCUCAAGCGCCAGAUCAACGGGCUGUACGCCAAACACACGGGGCAGCCGCUGCCCGUCAUCGAGGCGGCGAUGGAGCGGGACCGGUACCUGAGCCCAGUGGAGGCACAGGAAUUCGGGCUCCUGGACCAGGUGCUCGUGCAUCCCCCCCCCCGCGGAGAGGACGAACCCAGACUGGUGCAGAAGGAGCCCCCGACCCCCCCCGAUCCCCCCGCGACCCCCCCGACCCCCUGA